CAGUGAUGUCCGUUACCCAGAAUGCCUGUUUGUUGCGGGCUGAUCGAGGACUGACUGACUACUACAUAUGCCCUACUUUCUGUACUAGCUAUGCGUUUUAAUGUAAUAACUUACGUUAGUGAAUAGCCGAGUGAAACGAAUACGAGAACUACAAUACUGUGGUUGAUAUAAUUGCGGUAAUGCCUCUCUUCACGUCCAAUCCAUUUGAGCAAGAUGUUGAGAAAGCCACCAGUGAGAUGAACACAGCGGAGGACUGGGGCCUCAUCCUGGACCUUUGUGAUAAGAUAGGACAGUCUCGCUCCGGGCCUAAAGAAUGUCUUCGGUCGAUUAUGAGACGAGUCAACCACAAGGAUCCACAUGUUGCCAUGCAGGCUCUGACGCUGCUUGGUGCCUGUGUUUCAAACUGUGGGAAGAUAUUUCAUCUAGAAGUGUGCUCCAGAGAGUUUGCCAGUGAGGUCAGCAACGUUCUAAACAAGGGCCACCCUAAGGUAUGUGAGAAGCUGAAGGCACUGAUGGUAGAGUGGGCAGAGGACUUUAGGAAUGACCCUCAGCUCAGCCUGAUUUCAGCCAUGAUCAAGAACCUCAGGGAACAGGGGGUCACCUUCCCUGCUGUGGGCUCUCAGGCUGCGGAGAAAGCUAAAGCAAGUCCUGCUUUAGUGGCAAAGGAUCCAUCCACCUUAACCAACAAGAAGGAGGAGGAAGACCUGGCUAAAGCCAUAGAGUUAUCUCUAAAGGAGCAGCGAAGUCAGCCUGGGUCAGGGCUGUCUGGGUCUGGUUUGUACCCCAGCGCCUCUUUCCUCUCUUCCCAGAGGCCUGAGGGCAGGAAGGUCAGGGCCAUCUAUGACUUUGAGGCUGCAGAGGACAACGAGCUCACCUUCAAGUCUGGAGAGAUCAUCACUAUCCUGGACGACAGUGACCCCAACUGGUGGAAAGGAGAAACGUAUCAGGGAGUUGGACUUUUCCCCUCAAACUUUGUAACGGCUGAUCUGACUGCAGAGCCUGAGAUGAUGAAGACAGAAAAGAAGACGGUGCAGUUCAGUGAGGAGGUCCAGGUGGAGAGCAUAGAGCCUGAGCCUGAACCGGUCUACAUAGACGAGGAGAAAAUGGACCAGCUGCUGCACAUGAUCCAGAGUGCAGAUCCAACAGACAACCAGUCUGAUGCCUGUGAGCUGCUGCAGCUAGAGGGUGCCUGCAACCAGAUGUGUCCCCUCAUUGAUCAGAAGCUUGAGAGCACUGACAGGAAGCAUUCAGAGCUGUCAGAGCUGAAUGUGAAGUUGAUGGAGGCUCUGUCUCUUUAUGCUAAGCUUAUGAAUGAGGACUAUGCCAUGUACACAAAGCUACAGACCCAGCAGUACUACAUGCAUCAAUCUGCCAACACAGCACAACAGGUGUACCCGGGUCAGUCUGGAGGGUCCUAUGGGAUGAGCGGUCCAGGAGGGGUUCAGCAGGGAUACAGUGUUUCUCUGGAGCAGCUACAGACUGGCCAGCCAGCACCCAGUGAUGUCCAUAUGUACAUGGGCCAGCCUCCAGUCUACAGUCCAGCUGCAGAGGCCUUGUCCUACCAGCCUCCAGCCAAUCAGCCAUCCGGCUACAGCUCCAUCCCCAACCCUGGCCAGAGCCUUCCACACCCACCUGACACACAGCAGCACCCCUACCCCGAGAAGGCUCUUCUAUAGAAAACACUACGCACACUACGCCACACACUACGCAACGCUACACGCUACGCCAUGCUACACGCUUCUACACACCAUGCCACGCUACACGCCACGCCACACCGCGUUACACGCCACACACACAUUACGCUACGCCAUGCUAUGCCAUGCUAUACUCCACACUAUACCACGCCACGCUACACGCCACGCACACACGCCAUGUUCACACUACGCCACACACCCACACUGCAAAAUACACACGCCACACACCCACACUGCAAAAUACACACGCCACACACCCACACUGCAAAUGACACACGCCACACUGCAAACGACACACUACACAUACAGGUACACAUUUACAGAUACACAAGUAGACAUGGACACAUUCUGCCUACUCUGCCAUUUCAUCUCUCUCUCUGUCUCUCUCUGUCUCUCUCUGUGUCAUUUAAUCUCACUCACUCACCCUAAAAGAGCAGAACCAUGAAGCCCGUCCAGCAUAUGAACAGACAGUGAUGUUCCACAUCAUGAAGAGAAGCAGCAACUUGUUUAACUUUUCUUUUUUAAAGGAAACUGACAAUGUUAUGCUACUUCAUUCUUUCUUGUCAUUGCAUCAUUUUAGAAAUACUAAAGAUGAGAAAAUAGUGAAACAGGCAGACAUUGUUUAAAUGUACUGUACUGGUGAUGUACUACAGUGCAUUCGGGAAGGUAUUCAGGCCCCCCGACAUCUUCCACAUUUUGUUACGUUACAGCCUUAUUCUAAAAUUGAUUAAAUUACUUUUUCCCCUCAUCAAUCUACACACAAUAUCCCAUAUUGACAAAGAAUAAACAGGUUUUUAGAGAAUUUUGCGAAUUUAUAAAAAAAAUGGAGACCUUAUUUACAUAAGUAUUCAGACCUUUUGCUAUGAGACUUGAAAUUGAGCUCAGGUGCAUCCUGUUUCAAUUGAUCAUCCUUGAUGUUUCGACAACUUGAUUGGAGUCCAAAUACAAUUGAUUGGCCAUGAUUUGGAAAUUGCACACACCUGUCUAUAUAAUGGUCCCACAGUUGACAGUGCAUGUCAGAGCAGAAACCAAGCCAUGAGGUGGAAGGAAUUGUCUGUGAUGCUCUGAGACAGGAUUGUGUUGAGACACAGAUCUGGGGAAGGGUACCAAAACAUUUCAGCAGCAUUGAAGAUCCACAAGAACACAGUGGCCUCCAUUUUUAAAUGGAAGAAGUUUGGAACCACCAAGACUUCCAAGAGCUGGCUGUCCGGCCAAACUGAGGAAUCUGGGAGAAGUGCCUUGGUCUGGGAGGUGACCAAGAACCCAAUGGUCACUCUGACAGAGCUCCAGAGUUCCUCUGUAGAGACGGGAGAACCUUCCAGAAAAACAACUGUUUCUGCAGCGCUCCACCAAUCAGGCCUUUAUAGUAGAGUUGCCGGACCGAAGCCACUCAGUAAAAUGACAGCCCACUUGGAAUUUGCCAAAAGGACUCUCAGACCAUGAUAAACAAGAUUUUGUGGUCCGAUGAAACAAAGAUUGAACUUUUUGCUUGAAUGCCAAGCGUCACAUCUGGAGGAAACCUGGCACCAUGCAGCAGGGACUGGGAGACUAGUCAGGAUCGAGGAAAAGAUGACUGGAGCAAAGUACAGAGAUGAAAACCUGCUCCAGAGUGCUCAGGUUCUCAGACUGGGGUGAAGGUUCACCUUCCUACAGGACAAUGACCCUAAGCACACUGCCAAGACAACGCAGGAGUGGCUUCAAGGCAAGUCUCUGAAUGUCCUUGAGUGGCCAGUCAGAGCCCAGACUUAAACCCAAUCGAACAUCUCUGGAGAGACCUGAAAACGGCUGUGCAGUCGACGCUCCCCAUCCAAGAUUGAGAGGAUCUGCAGAGAAGAAUGGGAUAAACUCCCCAAAUACAUGUAUGCCUAGCUUGUAGAGUCAUACCCAAGAACACUUGAGGCUGUAAUCAAUGCUAUAAGUGCUUCAACAAAGUACUGAGUAAAGAGUCUGAAUACACAGUUUUUUUUCUUUGUCAUUAGGGGGUAUUGUGUGUAGAUUGAUGAGAAGAAAAAAUAUAUAAUCUGUUUUAUAAAAAGGUUGUAACAACAAAAUGUGAAAAAAAGUGAAGGUCUGAAUACUUUCCGAAUGCACUGUAUAUUAUACUAGUGAGACAUGCUGUACUAGCCAUAUGAAAUGGUCUAGUACAUUUAUACUCUACUGGUACUAUAUACUAUACUAGUCAUAUGAUAUAGUACAUAUAUUCUGUACUGGUGACACAUACUGAACUAGUCAUAUGGUAUAGUACAUAUGUACUGUACUACAUCAUGACUAGUGCAGUAAAAAUAUAUACAUGCAUACAUACACACUACAUGACCUAAAGUAUGUGGACACCUGUUCUCUCGAACAUCUCAUUCCAAGCUCAUGGGCAUUAAUAUGGAGUUGGUCCCCCGUUUGCUGCAAUAACAGCCCCCACUCUUCUGGCUUUCCACAAGAUGUUGGAACAUUGCUGCGGGGACUUGCUUCCAUUCAGCCACUAGCGCAUUAUUGAGGUCGGCACUGAUGUUGGGCGAUUAGGCCUGGCUCACAGUCGGGGUUCCAAUUAAUCCCAAAAGUGUUCGAUGGGUUUGAGGUCAGGGCUCUGUGCAGGCCAGUCAAGUUCUUCCACACCGUUCUCGACAAACCUUUUCUGUAUGGACCUUGCUUUAUCCACGAGGGCAUUGUCAUGCUGAAACGUGAAAGCGCCUUCCCCAAACUGUUGCCACAAAGUUGGAAGCAUAGAAUCGUCUAGAAUGUCAUUGUAUGCUGCAGCGUUGAUUUCCCUUCACUGGAACGAAGGAGCCCGAACCAUUAUUCCUCCUCCAACCAACUUUUCAGUUGACACUAUGCAUUCGGGCAGCUGUUUUUCCUCCUAGAAGUUUCCACUUCACACUAACACCACUUACAGUUGACCGGGGCAGCUCUAGCAGGGGAGAAAUUUGAGGAAGUGACUUGUUGGAAAUGUGGCAUCCUAUGACAGUGCUAUGUUGAAUGUCACUGAGCUCUUCAGUAAGGCCGUUCUACUGCCAAUGUUUGUCUAUUGAGAUUGCAUGGCUGUGUGCUCAAUUUUUCUACACCUGUAAGUAAUGGGUGUGGCGGAAAUGGCUGAAUCCACUAGUUUGAAGGGGUAUCCGCAUAUUUUUGUAUAUGUUGUGUGUGUACUGUACUGGUGAUAUGUACUGUGCUAGUAAUAUGAUAGUGUGUGUAUAAUAUAAUGUACUAGUGAAUGAGAUAGUAUAUGUACUAGUAAUAUUAUAUAGCAUAUAUAGUGUCCUGAGUGUUUGUCUGUCCAGGUCUGAUGGUGUGUGUGUGUGUGUGUGUGUGUGUGUGUGUGUGUGUGUGUGUGUGUGUGUGUGUGUGUGUGUUUCCCGAACAAAACAACAAGCAGCAAUUGCCCCUGCUCUCCUGGACAUGUGAACACAUGUCCCUGGGGACAUGAAGUACACUACUCUAGAGCAGAGCAUAAUGAGGCAGCCCUAUGAAGCUCGGGCCAAAGUACUGAACUAUGUAGGGAAUAGAUUUCCAUUUGAGAUCCGCCUCCAGGGAUCUGACUAAUUCUGUUGUUGUCUUUAAGCUUCUCUUGCAGUGUUAAAUUGAUAGUUUUUUUUAUUGUGCGUUUUAAUUUAUAUUUGAUUAUUGUUAUGCUAUUUUACAUGCACAGUACUUUACAGAAUUUGUCAUGAUAGAAAAUGAAUGUGAUGUCCUUCCUGAUUUUAGGUCUAUAUUUAAAUAGCUCAUAAGUGUUCUCAUUUUAACCCUUUAGAUCCAGGAGCUGCUGUUCAUCUCAAUGUAUUUAUCUAACCUUAACUACCCCUUAUAGACUGGCCUCUGACUGUAUUUAUCUGAAGUAGAAUCGAGCAAUAGGUCUGUGGAUGAAGGUUAUGUUUAUACAACUAAAGAAUCCUGUCAUUUCAAGUCUGGGGAAUGUCGUCUACUGUGUUGUCUUCUACUUCCCCCUAGCUCUGAUCCAUAUUGUCACUAUGUUCUCUACUGCCCCUAGCUCUGGUCCAUAUUGUCACUACAUUCUCUACUACCCCGGAGCUCUGGUCCAUGUUGUCACUACAUCCUCUACUGCCCCCUAGCUCUGAUCCAUACUGUCACUACAUGCUCUGGUCCAUGCUGUCACUACAUUCUCUACUGCCCCCUAGCUCUGGUCUAUACUGUCACUACAUAGUCUACUGCCCCCUAGCUCUGGUCUAUACAUGCUCCGAGUAUCAGGGAUGUAACAGACCUUAAGAGGAUAUAAAGCCCAUUGGAUCAACUGACAGUAAAGUGUAGCAUCAAUCUUCAUGCCUGGUUUAACUGUCAUUUAAUAGGAUCUCUAUGGGUUUACCUUUCAAACAUGAUAGUUGUAAAGGUUCUGUUAAAUGUACCCAGCUGUUUAAUAUUUACUAUUUUAACCAUGCUUAUUCAUUGGUAUUCACAAUAAAACUAAAAGCCAAAUA